CUCAGUACAAAAUCAUUCACCUAAAACACAACAAACGGAAAACAUCAUCUGAAAAAAUUCAGUAGAAUUUAUUUUUUAAUUUUUUUUUAUUUUGCAUUUUUCUGUGCAAUCUUCCCACACGCGUCUCCCGUCCUGCUUGUGAUCCUUACCAACGGCACUCAAGGCCAGCGCAAUGGCUUUUAUAGCUCGACAGAACCAGAAGGGCGAAGUGGUGGAUCGCAAGCAGCUGUUGGGCCGUCGUACACGUGACCUGAGCGACUCAGAGGAGUCGACUGCGGGACUCACCAAUCGCACUCUGGUUCCACUCGUAGCAGAUGCCGACACGGACACAGACACAUCAUCCUGCACCCUGGUGGGCAAUCGAGAGGAUGUUGGUGAGUUCUUGGACACUGACACCGAAACCGAAACUAUGGCGAGCUUCUGCCGGAAACUGGAGGAACUGGAAGAUGCUAUGGCAGGUCUCAGCCUCGAAGAUGGCAAUAAGUCGGGCUCCCAAGAGGAUUGGCGAAGUGAGACAGGGACCCUUGUACCGGCCGCAUCUAUCGGCGAUUGCAGUGACAUCUCGGAGUCCACCCUUAUCAAGGGAGGGACUUCACCCACCGACAGUCUGAAGUCCUACCACAGCUGCAGGACCUACGUCAUAAACACUGAAACACCAGAGGACACGGAGCUCCUUGAUGAUCGAAGCGAAGAUCGCGAACUGACGACCAGCAGCAGCUGCACCCUGGACACUGCGAGGGAGUCCCUCUGCACCGGGGGUGACGCGUAUGCCUCUGAUCUUGAGGCAUCGGAGGGUGGAACUAACCGCCCUGCCCUUUUCAGCUGGUUUAAGGAGCUCGAGCGGAAGAAGGAUUGCGGAAGAAAGCAGUUGCCGCAGCGCAGGUUGGACGUUUUCAAAAGGAAGUUUGGGUACUCAAAGCCGUCCAUAUCCGUCCGUAUUAAGGCGAGACGCAGCGCACGUCGGUCCCGCCAAAAGGAGACCCCGGAAGACAGUGAGGAGGAGAUGUUGCAGCUGUGCAAGGUCUUGUCUGAGUGCAGGGCCAGGGUCGAGAAGUGUCCCGACCAGGGAUUAGUCUCCUCGCGUGUCGAAAAGUCGAAGGAGUGUGAUUCCAGUAAGGAUCCUCCUGCUGAUGCUAGAGAGGAAACACCAGAGGAGCUCCUUGAAGAUCGAAGCGCAGAUCGCGAACUGAUGAUCAGUAGCAGCUGCACCCUGGACAUUGGGAGGGAGUCCCUCUUGAAGUCCCUCAGCACCGGGGAUGACAAGUAUGCCUCUGAUCUUGAAGCAUCGGAGGGUGGAAGUAACUUUCCGCCCUCUCUGAAUUUGAGGGAAUUCCGCCUUGGCUCUUUCCGCAGGUUUAAGGAGCUCGAGCAGAAGAAGGAUUGCGGAAGAAAGCAGUUGCAGCAGCGCAGGUUGCACGGGUUUAAAAGGAAGUUUGGGUACCCAAAGCCGUCCAUAUCCUUCCGUAUUAAAGCGAGACGCAGCGUACGUCGGUCCCGCCAAAAGAAGACCCCGGAAGACAGUGAGGAGGAGCUGUUGCAGCUGUGCAAGGUCUUGUCUGAGUGCAGGGCCAGCGUCGAGAAGUGUCCCGACCAGGGAUUAGUCUCCUCGCGUGUCGAAAAGUCGAAGGAGUGUGAUUCCAGUAAGGAUGCUAGAGAGGAAACACAAGAGGAGCGCCUUGAAGAUCGAAGCGAAGAUCGCGAACUGAUGACCAGUGGCAGCUGCACCCUGGACACUGCGAAUGAGUCCCUCUGCACCGGGGGUGACACGUAUGCCUCUGAUCUUAAGGCACCGGAGGGUGGAACUAACCGCCCUGCCCUUUUCCGCUGGUUUAAGGAGCUCGAGUGCAAGAAGGAUUGCGGAAGAAAGCAGUUGCCGCAGCGCAGGUUGGACGUUUUCAAAAGGAAGUUUGGGUACUCAAAGCCGUCCAUAUCCGUCCGUAUUAAGGCGAGACGCAACGCACGUCGGUCCCGCCAAAAGGAAACCCCGGAAGACAGUGAGGAGGAGCUGUUGCAGCUGUGCAAGGUCUUGUCUGAGUGCAGGGCCAGCGUCGAGAAGUGUCCCGACCAGGGGUUAGUCUCCUCGCGUGUCGAAAAGUCGAAAACUUUCAUAUUUUCGAAAGAGUGUGAUACCAAUAAGGAUCCUCCUGCUGAUGCUCGAGAGGAUUAGCGAACCGACACCCAAACCAAAAAAAAAAAAAUGUAAUUGUUCCGCUAACAGUUUUAUAUUAUUUUAAAUUUGAAAUUUUUGUUGGUGGGCCGCAGCCAUCACCUCUGCACCAUCGCACUGUCCCAAUAUGGAUUCAAUAUCUAAUGCUUUCAGGCAGAGGGAAACAGGAAACGAGACUGGAAUUUCAACACCCCGCAAUGUUCUUCGAUGGUAGCCAGGAGUUUUGACGGACCUGUUUCAUCUGCUCAUAUAAUUUCUGCACCAUUGAAACUUUCGAAGUCCGAGGAUUCCAAUCCACGUCCAGAUCUAUCCAAGUGGGCUGGCCCCAGCUCUGCUCUCCAGGAAACAUGCGUCCGGCCUCGUACAACAAAAGCAACAAUUUCCAUAUGCAAAAUUUGAACUGUAUUUUAGCUCGUUUCUACAUCUCAAUACGCGAAAUAAAUUGUUUUUGGCUAAUUCAA